AGGGUUUUCAUCCCAACUCGCUACAGUCGAUUCUGAACUUUCGGAUUGAGGGUGCUGGAGGACGCUGUCACAGCUUUUCUUCUCUGCUCUAUUUCAACACGCGUGGAUCGAAGUAAACUUAAUAUGAAAACAUGUCUGUAAAUGAAGUGUACGUUUUCAGACCAUUCAAGUUGAUUGCUUUACUUUGUGUCUUUCUGGCAUUGUGCCUGGACAUUGUAGCGUUAUUGAGUCCCGCCUGGGUAACCGCAGAGCGGUUUUCUUUGUCGCUAUGGGAAUCAUGCACCGAAAAAGACUCUGGCUGGAGAUGCCUUUCCACCCUCAAAUCUGACUGGCAGAUAGCCACCCUCGUGUUGCUGCUGGCCGGUGCAGCGGUGACUCUGGUGGCCUUCCUGGUGGCCCUCAUCUCCCUGUGCCGGGGGACACACAGACUGCACUACCGCACAGUAGCCGUGAUCAUGUUCGCUGCAGUGGUCCUUCAGGCCUGUGCACUGGUCCUCUACCCAAUCAAGUUCAUUGAUGGGACCGUCCUGCAGACCUACCAUGAGUUCAACUGGGGCUACGGACUGGGCUGGGGAGCCACCAUCUUCAUGCUAGGGGGAGGCAUCCUCUUCUGCCUCCGGACGGACAUGUAUGAGGACGCUAUGUACUGAGCCCUCAUCUCUCUCCUUCUCCUACUCUCUCUAUCUCUCUCUUGCUCUUUCUGUCACACACACACACACACGCACACGCACGCACACACACACAAAUAAAUAUUCACACCCAUACUCUGGUACAACAACACACACACACGCCCACACACACACACGCAUACACACGCACACGCGCACACACACACGCACGCACACACACACACACAAAUAAAUAUUCACACCCAUACUCUGGUACAACAACACACACAAAUAAAUAUUCACACCCAUACUCUGGUACAACAACACACACACACACGUACACACACACGCACACACACACACACGCACACACACACACACGCGCGCACAUACACACACGCGCACACACACACACGCGCACACACACGCGCACACGCACGCACACACAAAUAAAUAUUCACACCAAUACUCUGGUACAACCACACACACACACAUAAAUAUUCACAUCAUACUCUGGUACAACAACACACACACACACACAUAAAUAUUCACAUCAUACUCUGGUACAACAACACACACACACAAAAAUAAAUAUUCAGACCCAUACUCUGGUACAACAACACACACACACACACAUAAACAUACACACACAUGCACACACACCGCCUUCCUCUGCCAACAUAGACACCUACAUAUAUCUCACAGACACCACUCUACGCUGUUAUUUAUAGACAGAGUGUGAGGACUUGAUCUAAGAAAGGGCUCCUGGCUCUGGCUGAUCAUCAGGAGAGAUGAAGUGGGAGGAACAGCUGUGUGGAGAGAGUGUCUGUCUGUCCUCAGUGGGCUCCCAGAGACCCCCACCACAGUCAGACAGAUGGCGAAGCUGUUAAAACACAGAGAUGGUUUUGGACAGAGAUGGGCCACUCGACCUAUGAACUUUUCUACAGCACAUCCCAUGGAUCUCCAUUCGUAGAGGAACAAGAAAGAUUAUCUGAGCCCUCCCCUCUGAGCUGAGGUGUUUAUUUAAGGGAUUGGUAUACAUUCCGUUUAUUGGGUGUAUUUUUUUGUUUGUUUAGAAUUUCAUGGUGACAAAUCAAAUUAGGGCUGUAUUGAUGUUAUCAUUUAUCUUGCUAUCCGAUCUCCCACAGGAAGAUAUAUUUUACGUGUUGCUGUUUGAUAAUUGCAGUUUCUGAACACUGAUAACUUAACAUGGGAGAUCAGAGGUGAGUCCCUAGCUACGUGUCUCCAUAGCUGAAACAUAGCUGGUUUUGCCAGCUCCUUACAUUUGAAGUGUAAAAUAAACAGUACUGUUAUAUAUGCGAAAAUGAA